CUCCACUUUAGAGCCGCUAACUGCCUCUGCAACGCUGGCAACAGCUGUGCAUGCUGCUGUGCUUUACUGCCGCUGCCGGGUCACUUUAACAAACUGUUCCUGACACUUUCAGAGUUGUCGGACUGAACGAGGGAAGUAAAAGCGUCAAGACGCAACUUUCUGGUGGGAAAUCAUGAAGAGGGCAGAGCUGUGAUUGUGACCCUAAGUGACAGCUGACAAGGAGCAGAUGGAAAACAAAGCCAUGUAUUUGAGCACAAGUGAAGAGAGAGAGAACACCUCCAUGUACGAGGAAGCCUACGAUGGACGCAACUUGUCCAAACUUAACCUGUGUGAUGAAGGGUCUGGAAUGCGUCGCAGAAAGCAGGACCAGUGUUGCAGUCACCUGAACUCCCUCUCAGCCAUCAAAUACGCCAUUGUUUCCCUUUACAUCCUGGUUCUUCUCACCAUCUUUGGACUCUGCCUGGCAGUCUCUCGCUCCCAGGUGUCCUUGCAGCAGGAGUUGCAGAUGGAGAACGUGACUCGAAUGUCGGAGAACUCUCGGCUGCCACAGCAGACCCUGGGCGAGGCAUCCACUCAGGCUGACCUGGUGGAGAACAUCUGGAAACUGGAAAACAUCUUCCAGAACCACAGCGAGUGGCUGCAGAGGCUGGAGAUCCUCAUCAAGGGCCUGGAGGUAGAGCUGAGGAGUAUCCAGGCUAAUUCCCUUCAGUCAGACGGCUACCUGGUGCAGCUGGACGACAGGUUGUCCUCACUCAGUUCCUCUGCUGACAGGAACCUGACAAGUUUGACUGCAGAAGUGACCCGAACCUCCAGAUGGCUGCGUGACCAUGACCUCCUGCUCAGGGAAACAUCAGGGCAAGUGAGCGGGCUGAGAGAGAAACUAGACGAGGUCAACUGGACUGUGGGAGCUGUCAAUCACACUUUCAGCAAUGACAUCGGUAUUCAUCACUUCAAAAUCCAGGACUUACAGAUCCAGAUCAGCAACAUAACAGAGGACACCAGCAGUUUAUGGGUGACGCAUGUCCACACGGAGGCCCAGCUGAGAAAUGAGAUGGAGAUCCUGAACACAAUCACAGAGGACCUGCGACUGAAAGACUGGGAGCACUCCAUGGCCUUAAAGAACCUCACAGUAUUAGAAGGACCUCCAGGGCCAAAGGGUGAAAAAGGUGACACUGGACAACUGGGGCCCCCAGGGGCCCCUGGGCUGACUGGAUUGAGAGGAAAUUUAGGUGAAAAGGGAAUGCAAGGUCCUCGGGGAAUGAAAGGAUCUGUCGGCGCCGACGGCAUGCAGGGAGAGAAAGGAGAUAUUGGACCUGUUGGGCCUAAAGGUGACAGAGGGGAAAGAGGCUAUAAGGGACAGAAAGGUGAUCGAGGAGAACGAGAAGAAAGAACAGUCGAGGAGGCUCUGGUGCGGUUGGUGAACGGGUCUGGUCCUCAUGAAGGACGCGUGGAGGUUUUUCACGAUCAUCGCUGGGGAACGGUGUGUGACGACGCCUGGGACAAAAAGGAUGGAGAUGUAGUGUGCAGGAUGCUGGGGUACAAAGGUGCAACUGGGAUCCACAAGACUGGGCGUUUCGGACACGGAACUGGUCUGAUCUGGAUGGAUGAUGUUGCUUGUGCAGGGACUGAAGACACCAUCCACCAGUGUAAGUUUUCUGGCUGGGGCAAAACCAACUGCGGUCACAUUGAGGAUGCUGGUCUGACCUGCAUCGUUUAAGUCAAAGGGAUGCCGCUACAGCUGCCCUUAAGAAAAGGCAGUAAACUUCUAUGAGAUGCAAAAAUUUCUGCCAUUUGUACCCGGAGUGCCAUAUUAGCAGUAUGUUGCCACCUAACCUGACAAACCCUCUCCUUGACAUGUGACUACUUCAACUAUAAGAAUGAGCAAUGGAGAAGCUUUGCCUACAUCAGUGUUAUGUUUUCAUUAACUGCACAGUAUGAGCAGGGAUCACAUGACAAGAUGAUUCCCCAUCUUCUCCUGUCUGCAAUAAAGAGUCAGCAUUCAAAAGAAUGGGAUGAAGCUGCCUUCAGCAGCUCAUCUCAGCUCAGGUUUGCUGUUUUGACCUCCAACGUCGAAAGACCGGUUGAUCCGACAUCAUUUCUACUUAAUGAGAGAUUGAAAUGAGAAGACUAUGUCACUGAUUACAUAUUUUGUGUUUACUGGCAGCUGCUCUUCACAGUAUUAUGUAGGAAUGGCUUUUGCUACUCAAACUGCAGUGUUGCCUUGUUUCUUAUAAUACAGCAUUGCCCGGAAAGCAAUUAUUUGGAGAUUUGCAGGUCAAAAGAUACCAUAUAGUCUGAAUUAAGGGAUUCAGUUCAGCCUUUUCAGCUUGACUUUUAUACCCAAACUAGAAGUGCCCAAUUUUCUCACAAUCGAGUUCUGUAUAGAUUCAGUGUUUCUUACCAAAGCAAGUUGUCUUUGAGGCCUACAAAUAUUUUAAGACAGUUACCUUUUAAAACUUUUGCAAAGCUGAAUUUGACAUAUUUUAAUUAAGUUUUGUGUGCAGUCGCCUUUCUUUGUUUCCUUUGUUAACAAACUUCUCAUCUGUCACAUACUUAUCCAGAGUGUGAGUAUGGGAAUGUUUCUGGUGAUUACAAAUACCAACGAUUUCAUGCAAUAUCAUGACAGAGUUUAGAGAAGAACAAACUACUCUAUCUGUAGCUCCUUUAACUUUUUGUCCCUCUGCUCUUUUUCUAACCAUUUGUGGCUGAUUUGUUACCUAUUUUUUAAUGGUACCACCUGUCCUCUCUUUGCAAUUGUUGGACAUUUACUCUACUUUUAGAAAGAACUAUAAAUUCAUCUUAUUUUGUUGUGUUGAUGGAAUUGUUGUUUUUCAUUCACCAAUCAGCCAGAACAUGAUGAAACAAACUUAAUAUUGAGUAGGCCCCCCUUUUGCUGUUUAAAACAUACCUGAUCUCCUGACUCCUCUGGCCCUCUAAAGGCUGGAACAUCCCGCACAAAGCCAGUAGCAGAUAUUUGAAAUGGACUUUUUUGCCCCACAGAUUCUUGAUUGGAUUGAGAUCUGGAAGAUGUAGAGGCAAAAAUCAACACCUGGACGAGUUUUUGUGGCUGUGAGCUUUUUCCUGCUUAAAGAGGUUGCUGCCAUCAGAGAAUGUCAUUUCCAUAAUGCUUGGCAACAACCAUUUUUAAUUAGGUGAUACAUGUCAAACACCCACACAAAUGGCAGGACCAGAGGUUCUCCAGUAGGAUAUUGCAUUCUUCCCGUAGUGCAUCCCCCUCCAUAUCAUCAUUGAGAAAUGACCAGGUUACUUUCUUCCAUUAUUGAUCUUUCAAAGCCCAUUGUUGGUGGUUUCAGUGGUGGAUACACGUUGGUAUGUGUAACUCCACUAAUCUGAGGCUGCACAGCCCCUCAUGCAACAAGCCAUUGCACAGUGUACACUUUAUGUUCUGACACCUUAUCUGUCUGAACUAGAGUUCAUUUAUUCAGCAAUUUGAGCUACAGUAGCUCUUCCAUUGGACUAGCUUUCAUUUUUCAAAUGCAUCACUUUGACUCUCCAUGAGCCUGUCAUUGAUUCACUGGUUCUUUUUCAGGGAUUGCUGCAGACUGGUAACAUCCCAUAAGACUUGAGAUUCAAUGACCCAGUCAGCAAAGCAUCAUGAUUCAGCCUUUGUUGAAGUUAUCUUGAAUAGACAGUGGAUUUAAAAUAUACAGUGACUUUAGUGCAGAGAACACCAACUCUGCACCUCUUGAGCCAGCAUCCUGCAAGUUUUAGAUGUUUCCCUGCUGCAACAUGCCUAAUUCAAGUCUCCUCAACAGCUUGUUUUCAAGUUCUACCCAACCAUGUUUAACCCAUCAGCCUGAUUCAGGUGUGUUGAAGCAGGAAACAUCCAAAACCAUCCACCUGCAGGACAGUGGUCCAAGAGGUACAAAGUUGGUUAUCCCUGCUUUAGUGAACAGUUAAAAAGCUGUUUAUUCAGUCCAAAGGUCAAAACUGGUAAAUCCAAGUCACACAGCAAAGGUACAAUAAUCAUGAAUUUAAAAGCAAGUAAGGAGCAUUAACGAGGAAAACUCAUGUGAAACAGAUGCUGGAACGUUGACAGAAACUGACAAGAUGAUCUGGCUCAGAAGGGAAGGGGAACACAGCUUAAACGCAUGAGGAGAAAGAAGCAAUGAGACACAGGUGAAGCCAAUCAGGGUGUAGGGGUAAUCAUGUAGAAGGGAAUCUGAUGCAGGCAUUUCUAAAUUAAACAGGAAAAACUAAACUGAACUUACAAAAAGACUCUAUAAAGUUACCAGAAGUUCCCUAUGUUUCCCCCUUUUUUCUGCUUGCAACACAUCAUUUCAAGAACAGAGUUCUGUUCCUGCCAGAUACAUCCCACUCACUGCCAGGUGCCACUGCAACGAGAUAACUAAUGUUUUCACUUGACCUGUCAGUGGUCAUAACGUUAUGGCUGAUUGGUGUACGCACUUAGUCUUUAUGGAAGAUUUCUCUGUCCAUAAUGUUAAACCAGCUGUGCCUCUGAUAUCCUGACCAGUGCUGGAAAGCAGUCACAACGCCACAGGGUAGUAAAAGUCUUUUUCUGGUCAUCGAUAAAACCCCCCAAAACUAACUGUUCAUUAAACUGAUAUAUUUAAUUGUUUUUCUAAUAAAAUGAUCCUAUAAAAUACAUGAGCAGUUAAUAUACAUACAGUACAUAAGCAUUUAACCUACAUAUCACUACAUGUGAGCACUGUUUGGUAUUUAAAUUUUUUUUAAAAAAUAAAGGGUUAACAGUCACUCCAGAUGACAGAUGAAGUGAUUAUGCACAACAGAUGAGUAUAAACAGACGGAUGCAUGGAUGCCUGCCCUGCAUGAUUUAUAACGGUGGGUCUGUCAAACUGCCAAACGUUGGGUUGUUUCAGCAUUAAUACUAACACACACACACACACACACACACACACACACACACACACACACACACACACACAAACCAACCACAAAAGACUGCUUCAGCACUUUGUGUCUCUCUCAGUGGGAUUUCAUCUUUAUGGUUGCUUUCAAAUCCAAAAAAGGCCGGCACCUCCGAGCCUCCUGCUUGCCUCUUUUUCUGAGCUAGCAGAGGAGGCCAGGCUUUAGGUUGGAAUGAAACCUAUGCAGAAAUAUGAAUACAGUUCAUAUUUGAAGAUUUCAGUGCACUUUAAAAUCUGGAAAACUCAGAACCUCACCUUUUCCUCACAUUCCUCCAGCAAUAAAAAAAAGAAAAAAGAUGUAAAGUCAGAGACUUUUCAAGUUAAGCUGAUCUGCAGCCAGAUUUAAGCAAGUUAAAUCUGCUGUGAUGUUAUUUCCUGAUUGGUUAGAGACUCCUCUGACUUCAGAUAAGAGCUUCAUCCACAUGGUAUCCAAUAACUUGUAAAAUAUAAAACAUUAUGUGGUCGUACCUUUAAAAAAUUAAAAACUAAUUGAAAAUGAAGUGCACUUAAACAUUUAAAAAUGUCUUCUGAGUGGUUUUUAAAUGUCUUCUUUGCAUAAGAGUUCACUCUGCUUGAUCGCAAUGAAGAAACACUUCUGUGUGUACAUGUAUGUUUCUCUUUUUUAUUACACUGUACUGGUCAUAACCCACACAAAUAAAUCAAACAUAAUUAAAAAUUCCUUCAUGCUUUUUCUAGAAACACACAGAGCUUUUUUAAUAUUGUUUCUGUCAAUUUGUGCCACUAAAAUGCUGCAUUUGCACUGCUGGAAUAAUAAUAAUAAUAAAGAAAAAGUAGAUUUGUUUAAACAGGUGAACUUUGUUAUUCCUGUGAACAUGUGGCGGAGAAUUUGAAACAGACACAGAAGAUGUCAUUAGGUGAAGAGAGAGGUGGGAAGUGGACUUAGACAUGUGUGUGUUUCAGUGUGAGAGUUGCACUCAUGAUCACAGGAACUGAAGCUUGCGGAGGUGUGCUCUGACCAGUAAGCUCUGGACAAUCAUCGCACGAAUGAACGCUUCCACAUGUGAAACGGAUGUAGAGGUGAUUGGCUGGAAAAUCAUCUGAUCUCUGACACACAUGGCCGGCGGUCUGUGAAGUCAGUUUGGCUCAUGUCAACAUGUUUCCAUUUAUCUAGCAUGAUGGUGUGACUGUGUUACUUUUUCCUGUGUCAGAGUGGGAAGGUAUGGGAGACCUAUGAGUUUAUCUGAAUGAAUGCAAACAUGAUUAUCAUUGUGUAUGGUCCACUUUUACUUAAUGAACACUGACUAGUGCAGAUUAUUUGUUAAUAACUCUUGCACUGCCUUUACUGCCAUCAUUUAAAGUAUUAGGGACAAAUAUGUCCAACAGAAUAAUGUUUUUAUGCUUUUUAUCUCAGAUUCUUAAAAUCAGAAAAUCCUGACAUUUCUUCAAAUCUGGCAAAAAACAUGUUAAUCUGGACUUAAAGAUGACUGAGGCAUAACUACAGAUUUAAUACACUAAUAUGAGAAAAUUUCACUCAAACGAUUAUUAGGAUAAAAUAACAAAUUGAUGACUUUUUAUGUGGGAAAGAUCAACUAUACGCUGUGACAUCAAAGUGUUCUGGAAAUGCUUUCAUAUGCCCAGAGUUCAACACCAUAACUCAGGGACAGAGGAGGAAAUUGUGACCAUAUUUCACAUGUGGUGAGGUACUGAACUGGUGAUACUAAUUACUUUCACCAAAGACGUUUUUAUGAAUGUAUGUGGUUUGAUUGUCUGUUUUUCUCUUUUGCUUUCUUUUGUUUUAUCAGGUGUUCUACAAAAAAAAGGACAUAUAUGCAUAAAAGCUUUACCAGAAGUGGGAUGUAACGCAAAUAUUUUCUCACACUGUCUACAGCAUUGCAACAUCUGAAAUACUAGGGUCAAUGACUCAGGUCCCUUUCUGUGCAUGUAUAUUAGGACAAGGGCAAUAGUCCAAUUAAAUGGCCACACCUCAACUAAAAAGUACAUGUAACUUUUAUCCAGCCUUGGAGGAUGUAUGCAGUCUGAGACUCUGAAUCAGGUUUACUGGCCAAGUAAGUGAAAACCCUGAAGGGAAAGAAUCAGUGUUGUUUUCAUGGCGUGUACUUUUACUGGUUCUGCUGUAGCUCUUUGGUUCAGAUGACAGACUAAACUGCUAUGUGUUUAUUUUUUUGUCCUUAGUGUUUUGUACAGGCAGAGGAGAGUUAUACUGCAAGGCACAUGCUGCAUGUUUUGCACUAUACAUAACAGCAAUAUGUCUUUCUUAGGCUGCAAUCCAUUGUGAUGUAAAAAAACACAAAGAUAGAUUUAUGACACAUGCAUUCUGCUUCAAGUCCUCUAUAGUGACCUUAAAGGGAUAUUUAAACUUGUAUGUGGUAUUAUUCAUAAUCAGCAUCUUACAGUGGAUUAUGGCUGCAAAGCAUUGUUUUCAUAAGUGUUACUGAGUGGUGAAAAGAAAACAUGUUAUGUCAAUACACCGCACACAAAAACAAUAAAUACUUUAAUAUACUAAAACUUAAGUAACAAGCCAUAUAUUUACGAUGCAAUGUAAUGCAUUUGCAAGACAAGUACAAGUUGCAUGAAUAACCCUGUCAAUAAAGUUUGAUUCUUGCUA